AUGGCUAUGAUUAUGAGUCAUUAUUCGAACAAGAAUAAGAAGAUCAAGUUCCACUACAGUUAUGGAGGCAAAAUCAUCUUCGAUGCCCCCACUGUGCGAUACGCUGGUGGCACUCAUGGGAUUCUGUCGGUUGACCGAAGUAUCACGUACACCGAGUUGAUCAUGAAGCUAUGGGACACGAGUGCGCCAUCUAUGAGGCUGUGGUGUAAGUUGCCAAGGGAUGAUGUUUUCCAUAUCGUUCCCAUAAGUUGCGAUAAGGAUCUUGCUUGUGUGAUUCAAUUAUAUGAUCGAUGCGGUAAAGAUAAUUUGAAGAUAAGAUUGAUUCUUGACGACUUCCCUGAAACGCUCGUCAUCAAAUUGAUAGCCGAUGCACCGUGUGAUGGUUUCUUGGGAAGGAAGGCUACACAAUGUGUGUAUUAA